AGUUGGCUCCCCGCCUUUAGGGCAGACAGCCCCAGCUACCCAGAGCCCGAACUUCCGACUUCUGGAACUAAGGCGGCAGCCGGCUGAGCGCUCCGCCACCCCCAGCGUGCGCAGCCCGGGCGGGCUUCGCCUGCGGAGCUUGACCUAGGGUCGGGACCCGUCGGGUUGCACCGCCGCACUUGGGAAGACCCGGCUUCGAGCCUCUCCUCUCCGUCUCCAAGGCGCCCUCCCGCCUCCCGGCGCUCCCCAUGCACCUGCCGGGCUGCGCGCCAGCCAUGGCCGACGGGGGCUUCUCGCUUGCGGGCCACCUGCUCCGCAGCCCGGGCGGGAGCACCUCGCGAUUGCACAGCAUCGAGGCCAUCCUGGGGUUUACCAAGGACGACGGGAUCCUCAGCACCUUCCCGGCGGAGCGGAACGCCCGGGGCGCGAAGGAGCGGGAUAGGAGGCUGGGCGCGCGGCCCGCCUGCCCCAAGGCGCCAGAGGAAGGCGCCGAGCCCUCCCCGCCGCCAGCCCCGGCGCCCGCCCCCGAGUACGAAGCCCCUCGCCCCUACUGCCCCAAGGAGCCCGGGGAGGUACGGCCGAGCCCAGGGCUGCCCGUCGGGCCAGCCACCGGCGAAGCGAAACUGUCAGAGGAGGAACAGCCCAAGAAAAAGCAUCGGCGGAACCGCACGACUUUCACCACGUACCAGCUGCAUGAGCUGGAGCGCGCGUUCGAGAAGUCCCACUACCCGGACGUGUACAGCCGCGAGGAGCUGGCCGGCAAGGUCAACUUACCCGAGGUCCGGGUCCAGGUGUGGUUCCAGAACCGACGGGCUAAGUGGCGGCGGCAGGAGAAGCUGGAAGUGUCCUCCAUGAAGCUGCAGGACUCGCCCCUCCUCUCCUUCAGCCGUUCCCCGCCCUCGGCGACGCUGUCGCCCCUCGGGGCGGGCCCGGGCAGCGGUGGCGGGCCGGCUGGGGGCGCGCUGCCGCUGGAGUCCUGGCUCGGGCCGCCGCUGCCGGGCGGGGGCGCCACGGCGCUGCAGAGCCUGCCGGGCUUCGGGCCUCCGGCGCAGAGCCUGCCUGCCAGCUACACGCCACCGCCGCCGCCGCCGCCCUUCCUGAACUCUCCGCCGCUGGGCCCCGGCCUGCAGCCUCUCGCGCCGCCUCCGCCCUCCUACCCGUGCGGGCCCGGCUUCGGGGACAAGUUCCCGCUGGACGAGGCGGACCCGCGCAACAGCAGCAUCGCGGCGCUGCGUCUGAAAGCCAAGGAGCACAUCCAGGCCAUCGGGAAGCCGUGGCAGGCCCUUUAGGGGCACUGGGGACCGUCUUGGGAUCCGACUCCGGGCCGACCGCACCGUACCCGCAUCCUCUCUCCCAGGGACCCCCCCCGCAACUCGGCCCCUCUUUCCCUGUUGCCUGCAAGCCAUCCGCCAGGCAUAGUUCAGGGCCAUGCGCCUGCUCCCGACGCACGGGGAGAAGGGCGACUUUCAGGCCUGAGGAGAGGCCCUCUGGCCGCCUCAACACACUUCGCGGACCUCAGCCCUGCAGCUGGAGGGCAACAGGCUGCCGGGCCCCGCUGGCCACGCCACUCCCAUCCCCGCAGGCGCUGGAGCCUCCAGGCCCAAACAGGCUGAAGCUCCUAAACUUGGCCAUUCCCAGGAGGCUUGGAGACCCCCAGAUAACCAUAACAGGGAAGCAGGGGAGGCGGAAAAAAUAGAGUUUGAGAAACUUUUGUAUAAGUAGUUUCAAACUAUUUGAGAGGAGAAUUAAAGACAUGCUUGUUUUGUUUCAACUCUGUUUAAGCACGCUCAGGACUUGGGGAGAGGAGUGAACACUGGGGUACGGGAGGAGGGUGCGUUGACAGACAGGGUGGGUCAGGGAAAGAGGAGGACUGCGAAGAAGCUCGGGGUUUCCUUGUGAAAAUUCUAGGGACACUUCGCUGCAGCGGAGAAUCGUCCCCAUUCGGAACGCUUCGGCGGCCUAGACCCGAGGCACCCUUCCCUGGAGCCGGCGUGCGCGCGUGGGGUCCGGAGUGGAUGGGGCUAAGGCUCAGCCGCUAGCGCGCUCCCAGUUCCCCCGCUAGCCCCAUAGUCCAGCGGCAGCUGAUAUUUUCAAGUUUGACUUCAAUAGAAAGCGUCAAGACCACCUUCCCUAGGGCGAGAGCGAAGUGUCCCCCGGCCCCUCGCGUCCCGGCUCUCCUAAGGACUCCUCUCAGCUCACCAGGUAGAUCUCCAGUUAGGUGCCAGUCCCUAACACCCAGGGUUGAUGACUAGCGGUACAAGAACUGAGGCAAAAAGAUGCUUUUCCUUUUCGGAGCCUCGAGACUCUCUAACCUCCCCAACUCGCUCCACACUCGCCAACCCAGAGUUCGGUAGAAGGCGCGUCUGGUGAAGUGCCGCGCUCGGAGAGUGUCCUGGAGCGCCCUACGCCACCUCCCGGAGAGCUAGUUCUUACGGGCGUGCCCUGGACAGUAUCUGCAGUUCUUUGGCGCCGGCUCUAGGGCGAAGAAGGAAUCCCGAAAUCUCAGCCCGCUUCACAAGCUCCUGAGACUCUCGGAAGAAGGAGAGUCCCGGACUCCCGCCUGAGCGUGCUCGAUAUCCACCGUUGACACUGGAAGCUGGCCACCACCAGCAGAACCUGGAUGCCCGCCAACAGGUCCUGGGGGGGGGGGGGCGUCCACCCCACAACCCCCGUCCCUAAGCGUGCUUUCAGGAUGAUGCCGCCAGAGCCUUAAUUAGCAUCAACUGGCUACUGUCUGUCGGUCCUGAGCAAAUUAGUGAAGCUCCCAGUCCCCUUUCCUCGUCUAAAUAAACCGUCUCUCUGGAAGGUGGGAAAGAUGGAAUAAGAUCACCUGCAAAGGCUUUGUGUAAAGUACCAAGACCCUGGCAUGACGCAAUAUGGAUUGUAAUCGCUGUCCCCAUUUCCCCGAAAUUCCCUGGCUGUUCUCCGGUUCCUGAAACCGACUUGGGAAAAGGAUGACCAUGCUGGAGCUGGGAAUAUGGGAAGCCUCAUCAUAGUUUCCAGUCCUUUCUCUGCGGGUCUAAGAGGCUAUUGCAUAACCAGGGCUGUGUACCCCUAGACCUCCAGAUGGUACCUUGCACACAGUAGGCUGAUCAGUAAAAAUUUACUGAAUAAAUUAUUUCCCCCAAGAGGUAGGGAGUAAUAUCUGCACUUUCCCUCACAAGGAUGUCUCCUUGGGGGAGACGGAUGGAGCAGCCCAUGUGCUAUCACCUCUUAGCAAGAAAACAAAACAAAACAAAACCA